AUGUCGCAGCUCAAUUACCGCACAAUCAACAUCGAUGCCUUGGACCCCGAGUCCUCGACCAACUUCCCCAUGGAGUCCCUGCUCCCGGCCAAUCUUCCCCAGGCCGCAUCCGCCAACGAUGCAGCCAGCGCCGCGACACAGGUCCGCCAGAUGCUGCGCGGCGGUGACCCCGAAGGAGCUCUGCGGACUGUCCUCGACACAGCCCCGCUAGGCGGCGACGACCGCGCCAAGGAGGUGCACCUUGCAACUGUCAUUGAUGUGCUGCAGGGAAUCCGCCAGGGCGAAAUGACCCGCAUCCUCGAGGGUGUUUGCAGUGGUGAGGGCGGGGCUGAGCGCGGCGAUUGCUUGAUGAAGUACCUGUACAAGGGUAUGUCGUCGUCGGGAUCGGGCAACGGUGCCCAGUCGCCCAAGAAGUCGGUCUCCCCCCAGGACACAGGGUUCUCUCAGAUCCAGGCGCGCAACCUGGGUGAGGGUGGUGGUGGUCAACAGAUGAGCGUUUUGCUGAGCUGGCACGAGAAGCUGGUCGAGAUUGCUGGUACUGGCUCCAUCGUGCGUGUCAUGACUGACCGCAGGACGGUUUGA